UUACAUAUUACAUCAGUUAACGCUAACUGAACAGCCAGUCAUUCACCGUCUACCGUUAACGUUUUAAAACUCUAAAACGGUGUCAUAAUAAUUUCUUGUGAUUGUGAUUUUUUUAUAAUUACAAUGAUAAUUAAUCGAUACUAAAAGAAACGGUCUAAAUUUUUAAACAAAUAACUUCCUUCUUCAUAAUUGAUGUUCUGUUAAAAAUGUUGUUGCGGUACAAAUAUAUUUUGAUAGUGAUCGGCAUAUUUGUUGUGAUAAGUACCAGCUUCUUCAUUAGUAUUAGCGGCAUAAAUGGCCGGCUUGAUGAUUAUUCUGAGACUGACAGUAUCGAUGACUUCGAAGACAACCUUUAUAAUCAUGUAAUAAACCAAUGGUACAACCUCUCAAGUGACGACAAAUGGUACAAUGACAAAGACAUUGGAAUGUUUAAUAAAAAAUUGUUGCACGAAAUAAGAAAAAAUUGGAUACUUGACACCACAAAGAACAGUAACAAUUAUUCCGGGCUGGAGGAUCCUGAAAGCGAAGAUCCUUCAAUGGGGCAAAGCCAGAUCAUCAAACAAUAUUUUGACCACAAAAAAGGUGGGUUUUUCAUAGAAUGUGGAGCUUAUGAUGGAGAAACGCGUAGCAACACAUUGUACCUGGAACGGUUCCUAGGCUGGACCGGAUUGUUGAUUGAAGCUGAUCCGAUGAACUUCAAGAAAAUUAUCGAGAAGAAAAGAAGAGCUUUUUUGUCACCAACGUGCCUGAGUAUAGAACCCUACCCAAUGAUUGUGUCUUUUCUUAUGGCAAAAAACAUCGGUCGUAUUCAUGAACCAAACGAUCUAUCAAGUGAAAUCCAAAAUACAAAUGAUGUCGCUCACAAUGGAAAACAUAUUGACGUACAGUGCUUUCCCCUUGCUUCUUACAUCGCGGCGCUAAAUGUCACUACAGUUGAUUACUUCAGUCUCGAUGUUGAAGGAAAUGAAAUGGAUGUCCUCCGAACCAUUCCGUUUGAUAAAGUCGAUAUAAAGACACUCUCCGUUGAAUAUACACACGUAGAAUCCGGUAAAGAAAAAAUGGUAGAAUUUAUGGCGAAAAAUGGGUACUAUGUUUAUUCAUUUGUAAAAAAACCCAAUAAUCUAGCAAAUGACAUUAUAUUUGUUAAACGUUACUUAUAAUUUAUUACAUUAUAAUAUAUUUCUUGUUUCUUAAUUUUAAGUG